CGUGGUAAGACGGGGCCUGCACACAUGUCGGGGUCUGCCAGGAAGAAAGAUGGCGGCGCCCGCGUAGACUUCAGUGACGUCCCUGCCAGUACUGGCAACCUUCUUGACAACCGGGCGGCAAGAUGGCGGCCGGGAUGCACCUGGAACAGAUAUAGAAGCCAUUGCCGUGGAUGGAGAGACGGAGAUGUGAGCGGCCAUUGAUGGCGGCCAGAGUGCCGAUGAGCUCCCCCCCAUCUGCUCAGUGUGCGGGCUGAGCUUCGAUGGAGGACCACAUGACGGGGCCCAACAAGCAGAAGCGUUAUGAGUGCGAUGUAUGUGGCAAGGCCUGUCUGCACCCGAGCCACCUGGAGAUCCACCUGCGAGUGCACACGGGAGAACGCCCCUUCGACUGCUCGGAGUGCGGCAAGAACUUUAAGGUAGCGCAGGACCUGAAGAACCACCGGCGGGUGCACAUGGGCGAGAAGCCCUAUGGCUGCUCCACCUGCGGCAAGAGCUUUGCCCAGUUGUCGGGGCUGCAGAAGCACCGGCGGGUGCACAGCAGUGAGCGGCCCUUCACCUGCUCCGACUGCAGCAAAUGCUUCAAGUCGUCCAACGACCUGAAGCUGCACAGGCACGAGCACACUGGGGAAUGGCCCUACAUCUGCAGCGACUGUGGCAUGGGCUUCAACCGCUCCUACAACCUGCAGGUGCACCAACGCACCCACACCGGCAAGCGCCCCUACACCUGUGCCCAGUGCGGCAAGGGCUUUACCUGCUCCACCAAGUUGCUGUUCCACCAGCAGGUGCACACCGGCGACUGUUCCUUCGGCUGCUCCAACUGCGGCAAGGACUUCAAGAGGGCGCAGGACCUGAAGAUCCACCGGCGAGUGCACACGGGCGAGAUGCCCUUCGGCUGCUCCACCUGCGGCAAGAGCUUUGCCGAGUUGUCAGGGCUAUGGCAGCUCCGGCAGGUGCACAACAGUGAGCGGCCCUUCACCUGCUCCGACUGCGGAAAAAGCUUCAAGUCGUUGCCGGACCUGAAGGUGCACAGGCGCCUGCACACCGGGGAGCGGCCCUACACCUGCAACGACUGCGGCAAGGGCUUCACCCGCUCCGACAACCUGCUGGAGCACCAGCGCACCCACACCGGCGAACGCCCCUUCACCUGCGCCCAGUGCGGCAAGGGCUUUACCCGCUCCGUCAACCUGCUGUCCCACCAGCGGGUGCACGCCCGAAAGAGUUAAUCGCUAUUAACUAGGGUACCUAGGAUACUUGAUCAUUUCUGUAUUCUUGCUUAAAGCUUAUGAACCUUUAAAACUACUGAUAGAGGAAAUAUACUGCUGACUCGCGUAGAUGAAAACUGAAAUACUGCUGGUGCCUCGUUUGGGGUUAACUGAUAAUUGAAGUACUGCAGACUCAUGUAGAUGUGAACAAAACUUGCAAUCCUUGGAAUGACCACUGAACAGAAUAUGCCUGGGAUAACCUGACUGCAGACGGCAAUUGACUGAACUGACGUACAUAGAUCACCGCUCCUCCGAAGAUAAGAUAACAGUCACUGAAACAGACAUCAGCAAUUGUUUCAUGGAAAUGCUCCUCGGCUGUCGUUUUUGGAAGAAUGACUAAGGCAUUUACUUGACUUUAAGAGUAUAUAAGAAAUAGUAAAAUACUGUAUCUUUGAGUGGCUGCUCGGGGAGCGCUGAGUAUAUUGUAUACUCUCUGUACUAGUCGCCGCCGCUCCCGUCAUGAUGAAUUGUGUAAAGCUUGCUAUGGUUUACGUUUAACCCUUUGUGUUGUUGUCUGUAUUAAGCAGUGAACUUUAUCACGACCGUCCCUUCCCCAGCCCGGAGUGUGGAGAGCAAUUUGCCAUGGCCUCCCAUGCCCUAUCUCACCAGUGCGUGUACUGCGGUGAGGCAUUUGACAGCUCGUGGGGGUUGCGGCAGCACUGGUGUGCCCACGCCGGUGAGCGGCUGCUCCCACUGCAGCAAAAGCGCUCGGGGGCUGUGGGAGCACCAGCGGAUACACACCAGAGAGAGACCCUUUGAGUGCGUUGUGUGUGUCAAGGGUUUCACCCGCAAGUCCAGCCUUGACCACCUGCUGGAGCACCAGCAAAUCCACACUGGCCAACGCCCCUUCACCUGCCCACUCUGUUGAAAGGCAUUUACCCGCUCCUCCAGCUUGCGUGGAUAAAUGCUGUUUAGGUAGACAGAAAAUGCUGGAAGGAUUGGGUAACGUUUCGGGUCAAGACCCUCUUCAGUCGCAACCCGAAACAUCACCCAUUCCUUCUCUCCAGCGAUGCUGCCUGUCCCGCUAAGUUACUCCAGCAAUUUGUGUCCUUUUUUGUAAACCAGCAUCUGCAGUUCCUUGGUUUUAAACUAUUCUGGUUAACCAUAUCUGCACCUUCCUCAAAACCUCCACAUCAGUCCUGUAAUGGAGUGACCAAAACUGUAUGCAAUACUCCAAAUGCUACCUGACCGAUGUCCCUUAAAGCUGCACAUAUAUAUUCCUCUCUCCUAAUCUCACACUUUUAUAUCCUUAUUUUCUCUCGCCUCUGUCACUUACUCCACGCAUCUGCAGAUCGCCCCCUCAUCUGUUAACAUCGUGUCAGUCUGAAGAAGUGUCCCGACCCGAAAUGUCACCUAUCCAUGUUCUCCACAGAUGCUGCCUGACCUGCCGAGUUACUCCAGCACUCUGUGAAACGUCACCUAUCCAUGUUCUCCACAGAUGCUGCCUGACCCGCUGAGUUACUCCAGCACUUCGUGUUAGAGUCAUAGAGUGAUACAGUGUGGAAACAGGCCCUUCGGCCCAACUUGCCCACACCGACCAACAUGUCCCAGCUACACUCGUCCCACCUGCCUGUGUUUGGUUCAUAUCCCUCCAAUCUUGUCCUAUCCAUGUACCUGCCUAGCUGUUUCUUAAACGUUGGGAAAAUCCUCCAAUGCCGGCACAUCCUUCCUUAGAUAUGGGGUCCAAAACUACUCACAAUACUCUAAAUGUGCUCUGAGCAGCGCCUUAUUAAGCCUCAGCAAUACAUCACCGAUAUUAUAUUCUGGUCCUCACAAAACAAACGCUAGCAUUGCAUUUGUAUUCCUUACUACCGAUUCGACUUGCAAAUUAACCUUUUGGGAAUCCUGCACCAGUACUCCCAAGUCCCUUUGCACCUCAGAUUUCUGGAUUCUCUCCCCAUUUUAGAAAAUGGGGAUUCUCUCCCCAUCACACCUUUAUUCCUACUACCAAAAUGCAUGACUCCACACUUUGCUACACUGUAUUCGAUCUGCCACUUAUCUGCCCACUCUCACAAUCUGUCCAAGUCCUUCUGCAGAGUCCUUACAUUCUCCACACUACCUGCUCUUCCACCUAUAUUCGUAUCAUCUGCAAACUUGGCCACAAUUCCCUCAUCCAAAUCAUUGAUAUACAACAUGGUUAGUCGCGGCCCCAACAGUGACCCCUGCAGAACUCCACUGGUCACAGGCAGCCAACCCGAAAAAAGUCACUUUGCCUUCUGCCAUCCAGCCAAACUGCUAUCCAUGCUAGUAUCUUCCCUCUGAUACCAUGGGCUCUCAUCUUUAACAGCCUGAUGUGCAUCAUCUUAUUCUAAAGGCCUUCUGAAUAUACAGGUAAACCCUAUCCACUAACUCUCCUUCUCCCUAGUAUUAGCUACUCCACUAACUACCACCCCUGACUCUCUUGAAUUUCAGGCACAUUGCUGGUGUCUUCCACUGUGAAGACUGUUGCAAAAAAUGUAUUCAAUUCAUCCGCCAUUUGUUUAUUCCUCAUUAUCACUUCUCCAGCAUUAUUUCCCAGCGGUCCAAAGUCCACUCUUCCCUCUUUCUUACUCUUAUGAUAUCUCAUCAUUAUUAUUCCUUGAAAGUGGCGUCACGGAUAAAUACGGUGGUCAAGAAGGCUUUCAGUCUCGGUCAUCAGUCAGAGUAUUGAGCAUUGAAGUUGGAAGAUCAUGUUACAGUUGCUCAAGGCAUUGGUGAGGCCACAUUUGGAGUAUUGUGUCACCAUGUUAUAGUAAAGUUUACUAGUACAGUAAACCAUGUUAAUCUGACACGGGUGCAGAGAAGAUUUUCAAUCAAUCAAUCAAUCAAUCAACCUUUAUUGUCAUCUUGCAAGCAACAGUUGUACAGUGCAAAAUGAAAAGACGUUUCCCAGGGAAUAGCGGAGCAUCGCACAUGAAAUUUAAAACAUUUCACACAUAAUAACACUAAAAACAAUCCAGUCCCUGGUGUAACAGUAUAAAUAGUUAAAAGCAGGUAAAACACAACGUUAAAAUACAAUAAACCAAUCAUAAAAAUGUCCGGGGCAGCUGAUUUGAGUGGCCAGUGCCAGUUAUUAAAGUGGCCAGUGUCAGUUAUUAAAGUGUCUGUGCCAGCCGCAGAAUCAAGUGACUGUGAGUACAGAGUGCCUGUUUAGCAGCCUCACAGCCUGUGGUAGGAAGCUGUUUAGCAAUCUUGUAGUCCGGGCUUUGAUGCUUCGAUAUCUCUUGCCUGAUGGCAGGAGAUCCAGGUGUAUGUGGAGGGGGUACAGCUUGUCCUUAGCAAUUCUCUGAGCUUUUUUUAGACAGCGGCUCUGGAACAGUUCUUGUACCGAGGGUAUGGAGACGCCAAUGAUCCUCUCUGCUCCUCUCACUACCCUCUGCAGAGCCUUCCUGGCCGAGCAGUUGCAGGUGGAGUACCACGUAUUUAUGCAGUACAUGAGUACAGACUCCACCGUGCCCCUGUAGAAAGUCCUGAGGAAGUUGGUGGGGAGUGAGGCCUGUUUUAGUUUCCUCAGGAAGUGCAGUCGCUGAUGGGCCCGUUUGACGGUCCCAGUGGUGUUCCUGGACCAGGUGAGGCUGUCUGUAAUUUGCACACCGAGGAAUUUUAUGCUCUCCACUCUCUCCACUGUAGUGCCACUGAUGUAUGGGGUGUAUGCUUUGGCUGCGCCCUCCUGAAGUCGACAACCAUUUCCUUUGUUUUAUCGACAUUUUACAAGGAUUUACAAGGAUUUUGCCUGGGCCUGAGCUAUAAGGAGAGGUUGUGCCAGCUGGAACUUUGUUCCUUAGAGCACAGAAGCUUGAGGGGUGUAUAAGAUCAUGAGAGGAACAGUCAUUGUUUCAAUGUACAGACUUUUUUUUGCCCAAAGUAAGGGAAUUAAGAACCAGAGGACAUAGAUUUAAGGCGAAGGGGAAAAGAUUUAACAGGAAUCUGAGGAGCACCUUUUUUUAUACAAAGGGUAGAAGAUAUAUGGAAUGAGCUGCCGGAGGAGGUAGUUGAAGCAGGGGCUACCACAAUGUUUAAAAAAACAUUUGAACAGGUAAAUGGAUAGGAACGAUUUAGAGAGAUAUGAGCUAAACACAGGCAGGUGGGACUAGUGUGGAUGGGACAUGUUGGUCGGCGUGGGCAAGAUGGGCCGAAGGGCCCAUUUCCACGCUGUAUGACUCUAUGACUAAUGUAUAGGACCAUCAACAUAUCAGAAUGUGAACACAAUAGACAUGUUUAUUAUUGGUUGAGCAGUUCUUCCAUAAUCUUCCUUCUUGUCAGCUGGAAUGUCUUAACAUUGGUUCCCUUCAUUGGCUUGACAUUGAAUCACCAUCUUGACAUGAGGCUUCAAUUUCACUUUUAGCAUUUC